AUGUCCGAUGAAGAAGAUGACUAUCUCUCGGACAAGUUUCUUGUAGAGUCUACCUCUUCCUCUACCUCCUCCGCCCCGACCACAUACGCCGAGCGACGCAAGGAGGCACUAAAGCGCGCCGCCCAGAAGAAUGAACAGAACCGCACGAAGAGCCUGAGGGAGCGCGAGCGCGAGGCACGCGAAGAGGCCCUCAACCGCAGCCUAUUCGAGCGUGCGCAGGAGGAGGCGCAGGAGAGCGGCCAGCAGAACAAGGCCCUCGCGAUGAUGAUGAAGAUGGGGUUCAAGCCGGGGCAGGCGUUGGGCAGGGAGGACCAGGAGAUCGCUAUCCCGGGGAACUUGCCUCGGGUGCAGGAGAAGGAGGCGGAGCCUGUACGAGCGGGAAUUGGUGCGCGCCCCGCGCACGAUGCGCUAGAGGCCGUUGUGAAGGAGGCCCCUGCCCCUGGGCCGAGCCCGUCCCACCGCAAGGUGCCCCUCGCGAUUAACGAAUGGCAAGGGAAGAAGGGCAUCGGGCUGGGCAAACGGGCGAGGUCGCCGACCGCCCCCGAACGACUCGCCAAGAUGGCCAAGAUGGCGGAGGAGCGCACGCAUGUGUCGUUCCGCGACCGCGCGCGGCAAGAGUACGAGGAGCGGCGCGCUGCAGGGAGGCUGCACCCCGCGCAGCGGACGUGCGCGACUUUGGAUGAGAAGGCUGGUAUUCAGUUCAAUGUGCUGUGGUUGAACCCUGAGAGCCCGGAGACGUUCCCGGAAGGCCUACUGGACGCGCUAGACGAUCCUGCGUUGGUCACAUCGAUACAGCAACGACAAGCGGGACAUUCAAUCGAGGGUCGAUUACGUGCCAAGAUGCAGGCGGACGCGUUGCGUCCCCUCAAGACUACGCUGGAAGACCUGGACAAGGAAGGGGAAAGUGGUAUCGAGAAAUCAGAGCUCCGCAAGGAGCCGUACUCUGAGGAGGAGCUCCAGGAAGCCGUUCAGUUCCUGCGCCUCGGGGCAGACCGCCUCACGCUAGUGCUGGACUAUCUCCGCCGGAAGUACUCGUACUGCUUCUGGUGCGGUACCCAGUACGAGAACGUGGAGGACAUGGAGAACAACUGUCCAGGCGAAGAUGAAGAUGCGCACGACUGA